UUUUUACAUGUGAAUUAAUUGUCGUAAAUGUGCGUCUGUUAGCUUUUGAUGGCUCCACCGUGGCAUUUGUUGUAAUGCUUGUCAGGGCGUUUGCUGCGUGCCGUUUCAUUGUUUGAGCAGUCAGGUGUGCCCAAGUUACGAAAACAGGUGGAAGGUAAUACUUUUAAUGCGUCUUUCGACAUUCCCAGAUAAGAUCAUAACAUGUAAUACAUACACGCACUAAACUGGCAUCAGCAGUGAGCUUCAGAAUGUAGGAGACCUUGUAGUUCUUCAACAUUCAUCAUCCCUCCUCGGCUAACAAAUGCCGAAGAGCAAAGGCGACCGAAUGUGGGGUGUGUGUGCACUGUUAUGCCUUGGCCUGGUGGGGGCGCUGCAGCAGGAACAAGUGGCCCAGCACGCCAUCAAGCUCCACCGCGGGAAGGGCGCAGCAGUGACGCAGGGCCGGCGCUGGCUGGCGGAGCACUGCCGGCGGCUGGCCGGGCUGUUGAGGCAAAAGACUGUUGCCGUGAAGAAGCUUGGCGUUGCCAUCGCUGCUGUGGAGCGAGACCACACUCUCUCGGACCCAGAGAAGCUCUUCCAGGUGCACACCCUGGAGAUCUUCCAGAAAGAGCUGAAUGAGAGCGAGAAGUCAGUGUUCCAGGCAGUGCUUGGGCUUCAACGGGCCCUGCAGGGGGACUACAGGGACGUGGUCAACAUGAAGGAAAGCAGUCGACAGAGGCUCGAAGCCCUGAGAGAGGCUGCCAUAAAGGAGGAGCAGGAGUAUGUGGAGCUGAUUGCGGCAGAGAAGCACCAACAGGAGGCAAUGAAAAGUGUGAAAGACCAAAACAAGACUCUGUCUAUGCUUGAUGAGAUCCUGGAUGAUGUGCGACGUGCUGCUGACCGUCUGGAGGAGGAGAUCGAUGAUCAUGUCUUUGAUUAUAACAAACAAAUGAAGGGUGUUAACGUGGAGGCCGUGCUCCGGGUGGAGGAGGAUGAGGAGGACUCCCAGAGGAACGUGUCCAGGCGGGAGGUGGAGGAUAACUUGGGGCUCAGUAUGCUGAUUGACUCCCAGAACAACCAGUAUGUCCUGACCAAGCCUAGGGACUCCACCAUGCCCCGUGCUGACCAUCACUUCAUCAAGGACUUGGUGUCUGUGGUCAUGCUUUCACUUCCCUGCGGGUGGCUGUGUACACAGAUGGGUCUCCCCACCAUGUUUGGUUACAUCAUCUGUGGGGUCCUCCUCGGCCCCUCAGGGCUCAAUAGCAUCAAGUCUAUGGUUCAGGUGGAGACAUUGGGAGAAUUUGGGGUGUUCUUCACCUUGUUUGUGGUGGGGCUUGAGUUCUCCCCCGAUCGCCUACGCAAGGUGCUGAAGAUCUCUGUGCAGGGCUCGUGCUACAUGACGCUGUCGAUGGUGGCCUUUGGUCUCCUCUGGGGACAUCUGCUGCACAUCCGCCCCACCCAGACCGUCUUCAUCUUCACCUGCCUGUCCCUCUCCAGCACCCCUGUAGUCUCUCGCUUCCUCGCUGGGGGGCCACGUACGGAAAAGGAAGGCGAGUUGGAUUACAGCAGCGUUCUCCUGGGAAUGCUGGUCAUGCAAGAUGUUCAGCUGGGCCUGUUCAUUGCUAUCAUGCCCACACUCAUUCAGGCUGGUGGAGGUGGUACUGACAGUGUGCCUGCGUUUCUCACUGUGCCGCUUUGUGUCAGUGUUGUUGUGGGCGGCCUGCGCAUCCUGCUUCUCCUGGGCCAGGUGGCCUUCUCGCUUGCCGUGGUGCUGCUGCUGUGUGCUCUGCUCAAGUCCCAUCUGAUUGGCCCCUUUUGCAAGAAGCUGCAUGCUGAGUGCAAGGGCACCAAGGAGAUCAUGGUGCUGGGGACCACUGCUUUCGUCUUCCUCAUGCUGACGGUAACCGAGUUCUUGGACGUUUCCAUGGAACUGGGCUGCUUCCUGGCUGGUGCACUCCUUUCAUCGCAGGGUCACAUGGUCACCGCUGAAGUCAUGAGCUGUGUUGAACCAAUAAGAGAUUUCCUCGCUAUCAUCUUCUUCGCCUCCAUUGGCCUUCACGUAUUCCCUACGUUUGUGCUGUAUGAACUUACCAUCCUGCUAGUGCUGACCCUGACCCUGGUCAUCAUGAAGUUUGUCAUAGCACUGCUGGCACUAUCGGUCAUCCUCCCGCCGGGGUCCAGGCACAUUCGCUGGAUCGUUUCAGCUGGUCUGGCACAAGUCAGUGAAUUCUCCUUUGUCCUGGGCAGUCGUGCCCGCAGAGCGGGCAUAAUCUCUCGGGAGGUGUACCUGCUCGUCCUCAGUGUUACCACACUAAGUUUGCUGUUGGCUCCUGUACUCUGGAGAGCAGCCACUCUCAAAUGUGUCCCUCGUCCGGAGCGCAAGACAAUCACGUGAAGUCACCGGUACAUUAUGACCCCGGGGGAUACUCUGAGUGUGGCCAGUGAAGAAGGGGAGGGUAAGGGAGUGGGUCAAAGGGCAUUUGCAACCCUAAGCUACAGAGCCUUCCUCUCCGUCUUAAGAUAGAUUCUUUAAAUUGUUUACAAUUAAGUUUCAAUUUCCAUAGUGCUGCAUUGUCACUGAUGGAUCAGUGAUGAAUGUUUUUCUAGUUUUUUUUUUUUUUUGAAGUGUCUAGAAUCUUCUCUUUAUUUACAAAACGUCAAUUUAUAUUUAUGUUAUUGUGAAAGGGCACAAACGGGGGUGUCGGAGGGGCAGGGAUACACUGGCAGACUGAGGGGGCCAAACACUCGACAGGGGUGACAUUUUGAGGGAGGGUCCAGAAUUUGUAGGUAUGCCCCUGGGCACUAAUGUCAGUAAGAGUGCCUCGCGUACACAGACAGAGGCACAGAGUAAAGCAUGGGCUAUUCUAGGCCCCAACAAACAUCAGGGCCCCAGCCUGUCUGGGAGAAAAAUGCAACGGCUUAUUAAAUCGACAGCCUCUGAGUGUCUGUGCUCUUGUCCGCUCAGGACCCCUCAACUAAGUUAACCUGCCCCUGCACAGAUACUGUGUUGUCCUCACAAAAAUGUAAAUUGCUUAAAAUAACUAAACAUUAUAAAUGUUUGUUGAAAAAGAUGGUUUGAUGAUGCACUGAGCAUUUUGUUCAAAUAUCGUUGAAUGUGAUGGUUUUAAUUUUUACUUUACUUUUCUUUAUUUCUUUUCCAAUUGUAAAAGGGAAAAAUAACUGCACAGUGAUAUUUUACGAGUGUAAUAAUGCUACUUAAGAGUUGCAACUGCUGAAUGUGCCUUAAAUUCAUAUGUACACUACACUGCCUCGGCAUAAGCGGUCUUAAAGAAUGCUCACAUCUUUCAACACGCACAAAACAAUCAUUGCAUUCCAAAUGUCCAUUUCAAAUGCAACCAAAGGUGUUAUUUAUUUAUACUGAAUUGUCAAUGUAACUCCAGAGCUGUAUUUAGUUUUGGAAUAAACCCUGAAACACAAAUAUUUCCUAUUGCCCAAGCUAUAUCCAUUUUAACUUACUACACUUCUGAGGAUAUGUAGUUUGAUGGCAUGCAUUUGACUAUAUAGCAUUCUUACAUGAAGAAAUGUUGCUGCUGUAAUUCGCUGAUGUUAUAAGUAUUUUAAUAGGGAACCAGAAUCUAAUGGGAGUAAAUGCUCCAACUACCAAACACAACAAAUAAAUAUAUUUGUGACUGUA